AUGCCACCACUCAACGAUAGUCAACAACACGAGCGUAUACUCACAACGCUGAAGCGCCGAAUCCACGAUCUCCGGUCAAACCCUGGGAGCCGCACGCUUGUAAUUGCUCGUCUGAACGCGAUUUCCUGUCUAGCACGCAUCUGCGCACAGUUUGGGAAGGAUAUUCGUUUCACUCAGCUUUGCGACGUCCUCCAAAGGGGGUUGCCUGGACAAAUCGCUCUGCUCAAGAGUGACAUAAACAGUAAUGUUAUAGUUGCAGAUGCUCUCGAGCGAAUGAUCCUUGAAUGUUCCUUUCGUCGUUCUGUCUCUGCCGUGGAUAGUGACGAUGGCAAGGUUGACAGGGUGGCUGACCAGGAUGCUAAUGUAGAUGCUAGUGACCAGGAAAGUGAUAUGGAUUUCAGCGAUGAUAACUAUAUUGCACAAUUGCUUCUUGGUUCGAAGUGGGCGAAACCGAUCGUCGAUUUCGACGAAGAGCCGUACGGGGAGAUUGAGCUAUCUUCCGCUGACGUCAGUGAAGAGGAAAGUGAGAUGGACUCUAGUGAUGACAACUAUGUCGCACGAUUGCUUCUUGGCCCGAGCUGGGCUACCCCAUUAGCUGAUUUCGCGGAGGGGGCAUAUGGUGGGAAGAAGGAGGCCGGUAAGUGA